AUGCGCGCAUCUGCCAGCUCCAGGACUGGAUCCGAGCCAGGCUCAUCCGAGUCUGACACGCUCAUCCCGUCUUCUCCCCCACCUACCGACGACCGACAACACGACAAUGGCAUUUACGUCGAAAAGUCAUCUGAUAUCGAUGAGCCGGACAGACCUGUGAAGUUCAGGUCGUUCCUCCUCCAUGUCAAGGCUACCAAGGCCCUCCUGGUGCUGUGUAUUCCCGCUUGCAUCGCGUUCGAAGUGCUGCAUCUCUUCUUUUGGAUCCAAGCUCACUGGACACCUGCUGGAAAAAUCGACAAGGUCGCGAAUCUUGCCGUGUUAAUCACAGAUGCGAUCGGCGUGGGCAUGGUGUCCAUUGUCGGACUCCUCUUCCUGGUCACUCUUCUCCUCCCCAUCAGACCUCCAACUGCCACCGGACCCCCGAAACGUCUCCGCCUCCACCGGACGUUUUGCAAAGUACUCUUCGUGUUCGUUUCCACGCCUCUGAUCCUGCACCCGAUGGUCGGUGUCUUGUAUACGAUCUACACCCACAGAAGCAUCCCUUCUCUGGGACCAUGGUACACUGAGCAUGCCCGAACCAUCGCCCUUGUUGUGACACUCUUCGUCGGAGGGUGUAUGCGACGGGGUCCUAAACUCCACUAUCAGCAGCUCAUCCUCAUGACUGGGUUCGGUGUCAAUGCUGAGCCAGCGACAGAAAAGGGGAUCAAGCCGGCUCCAGAGAUGAAUGUGCUCGAUUGGUCCAAUUGUUCUCUCAUGGCUUUCAUUGGUCUCUUCUAUAUCUGGCCCCUGGCGAAAAGAUCCAUGCAAGUCGUUCAACUUUCUCGAACCGAUCUUCCACAUCUCGAGCAAUAUGUCCGACAAUCCGGAUUCAGCUACAUGAUGUGGAAUGUCGACAGCAAGGAAGGUCAAGUCAAGCUGGGGGACGGUCCUGUUAAGAAGGCCCCUCCUCCCAAGUGGACCGAAUGGACCCUGCUUAAGGCUACCUGGUCUGGACGAGGAAGUGUCAUUUUCUCCUCUCUGAUUCUUGAUGGUAUUCGAACCGCUUUCAGUUACGUCCAGAUUGCAUCCAUGCACGAAAUCAUCAAUACGUUCCAGGAGCCAGCAGGUUCCGACAAGAGUUACGCCAGGUUAAUGUGCUGGGGUUUGUUCCUCGGACAGACCAUUGAAGUCCUCUUGGGAUCUUACCUCUGGGUUCGAGAGAACUACCUGCUCCAUUUGCCAACCCGAAUGACUCUGGCUAGCAUUCUCUUCUCCAAGAUUCUACGAACUGCCGAUGCUGCCGUUGUCGAAACUCACCUCGCCUCGGAGGAGGAUCGAGAGGACGGCAAGGGUCGAAGUCAAGUCAUGAACUUGUUGACCAUUGACAACAACACCAUUGCUUCCAUUGCAACCAUUGCGCCCAAUGUCACCAACAGUGCCAUUUCGCUCCUCAUCGGUGUUGCCUUCCUGUACCAGAUGCUCGGAGUCAGUGCUUUCGUCGGAAUCGCCUGUGUCCCUCUCUCCUCCCCGUUGUCCACCUACGUCGCCAAAAACAUCUAUCACUGUGACAAGGCUUGGGCGAGACAUCGAGACGCUCGAACGGCAGCUAUCAAGGAAUUCCUGCUCGGAGUCAAGGUCAUCAAGCUCAACGCGUUUGAGGACUAUUUCCGAAGAAACAUCCAGCGCUUGAGAGAUAUCGAGGUCGUUUCCCAAAGAUGGCGAUUCACCCUUGGUACCUUGUUCAACAUUUUGGCUGACCAGAUGCCAAUUGCCGCCAUCUUGAUCACGUUCUUCUUCCACACCAAGGUCCUUCACAAACCUCUGGAGCCCGCUACCGCUUUCGUCGCUCUCGGAGUUUUCAACCGAGUCAAGGACAGUUUGACCAGUCUGCCUUCCGCCGUCAAUGAGCUCUUGUCCACUUGGGUCGCCCUCCAGCGAUUGGUGACUUAUCUCAACCAAACUGAGAUUGAGGAUGCCGACUGGGACACGACCGACCAACAGAUCGUCCUUGAAAAGGCUACCAUUGCUUGGCCAUCUGGCGACACGAAGGAAGAUGCAGAGAGUGGAAUCAACACCUUCAAGCUGCGCAACGUAUCGCUCAGACUUCCCGUCAACCAAUUCACCCUUGUCUGUGGACCUCUCGGAUCCGGAAAGUCGCUCUUCCUCCGUGCUCUGCUCGGUGAGGCCCACAUCGAGUCUGGACUCGUCCAGACGCCUCGAUCAGCGCUGUCAAACAUUCCUGUCCAACCAACCACUACUCGGACCUCUUGGACUACUGAGACUUGGCUCAACGACUCGAUCGCCUAUGCUCCUCAACAGAGCUAUAUCCAACACGGAACUGUGCGAGACAACAUCCUGUUCGGACAACCAUUCUGGGAGGAACGAUACCGCGAGACUUUGCGUCAAGCGGCCCUUCUCAGCGAUUUGACCAUUAUGCAAGAUGGCGACAUGACUGAAGUUGGAUCGAAAGGAGCCAACUUGUCUGGAGGUCAACGAGCUCGAGUCAACUUGGCUCGAUGUCUCUACUCUCGAGCUAAGACCAUCUACAUGGAUGACAUUCUUUCCGCUGUCGACGCGCAUACUUCUCGGUUCCUUGUCCAGGAAUGUCUUGGUGGAAAACUGCUCAAAGGCCGAACGGUCGUCCUCGUCACUCAUCACGUCGGUCUCUGUCUUCCGGUCGCCGACUUUGUCGUCUCAUUGAACAAUGGUACCGUUGACCAGUCUGGUACGGUCUCAGAAGUCAAAAUGGACGUUAUCGCUGCUCAGCUUCCGCCUCAGGAGGAGGACGAAGAGGACGAGGAGCCCGAUGUCAAGUUCCGAGAGGGUGAGGAGGAUGAGGAAAACAAGAAGAAGAAUGCCGACAAAUCCACCACUCGACAAAUCUACAAGACGGAAGCCAUGGCUACUGGAUCGGUCACCUGGGAUCACUAUCUCUUUGUCCUCAAAGCUGCCGGUGGAAAAUGGUAUUGGCUCACUUUGAUCAUUCUCUACUUCUUCGUCAGAGGAAUGGAUGUCGCACAGGCUCAAUGGCUCAAGAUUUGGUCCAGUGAUCCUGAUCCAUCUCAUCUCGACCUCAACCUCGGCGUCUAUGCCAUUCUCGUCUCAUCCGGAGUCAUGACUGGUGCCAUCCGUUGGGUCUGGCUAUACGGUGUCGGUAACAUUGGAUUCUACAACCGUGGAAGUCGACUGAUUCACCGACAAGCACUCGACUCGAUCUGUGAUGCUCCCUUGAGCUUUUUCGAAUCGACGCCUUCUGGACGACUGCUCAACAUUUUCGGACGAGAUAUGCAGAUGCUUGAUGGAUGGUCAGCCGAUGCUUUGGGACGAACAUUGAGUAGCACUCUCGAUGUGACUUCUUCCGCCAUCAUUAUCUGUCUUCAAGCGCCAUCUCUCCUCAUCUUCAUGAUCCUCUUCACCAUCCCUCUCUACUGGAUGAGCAAGGUCUUGAGAAAGCUUCGAGCCGAUCUCCGACGAUUGAGCGCUACCGCUGCGUCACCUCUCAUUUCCCUCUACAACGAUACCAUUGAAGGAGUUGUCAUGGUCCGAGCGUUUGGAUCCGCUCAAUACAUGUGUGCCGCCAUGGUCGCAUUAAUCAACCGAGAACGAGAAGUCACCUUGGCCGAUUACACCAUUUUCAAUUGGGUUCGAGCGGUCAUUCGAAGUGUCGCCAGUAUCAUCGUCACUGCUACCGGAUUCUACCUUAUCAACCAGGAGGUCAGUGCCGCUCAAGCUGGUUACGUCUUGUCCUUCGCCGUCGCGACUUCUCAAGGUCUUUAUAUCCUCCUCGAGACGUACAGUUCCCUCGAACAGGCGUUCGUCAGUGCCGAACGAGUCAACCACUACAUUCAAACCACACCUGCCGAGUCCAAAGCAGGAGACGUUCCUCCUCCUUCAUGGCCUGACAAGGGAGCCAUCUCCAUCGAAAAGCUCUGCGUCACGUAUGCGCCAGAGCUCCCCGAUGUUCUGCACGAUGUCUCGAUCAAGAUCGAGCCUGGUAUGCGGGUCGGAAUUGUUGGAUCCACUGGAUCUGGUAAAUCGACGUUGGCCCUGGCCCUGUUCAGAGCUAUGGAGGCCAAGUCGGGCAGAAUUGCCAUUGAUGGCAGGGAUAUUGGCAAGAUGCCUGUUCAGCAGUUGAGAAAGAGGAUCAACAUGGUGGUCCAGGAUGGAAGUUUGAACUCGGGAACGCUGAGAGAUGCGUUGGAUUUGACUCAGUCGAGGGACGACUUUGAGAUCUACGAGGCAUUGAGAAGAGUCCACUUGCUCCCAGAUAGUUUGGACCCCUCGGAUCUGGCAGAUAACCAGUUUGCCAACUUGGAUACCUUUGUCGCGGUCGAGGGCAACAACUUCUCUCAAGGGCAAAGACAGCUCUUGUGCUUGGCUCGAGCGCUGCUCAAGCAAUCCAAAGUCUUGGUCAUGGACGAGGCUACUUCUUCGGUUGAUUUCGAUAUGGAUGAAAAGAUCACCAAGACAUUAAAGGAGAGUUUCGCAGCUACUACCAUCAUCACCAUUGCGCAUCGACUCGCUACCAUCAUGCAAUACGACCGUGUCUUGGUACUGGAUCGUGGAACCGUUCUGGAGUAUGGUCGACCAGCUGAUCUGGUCAAGGAUGGAGCUUCUGCAUUCAGGGCAUUGUGUAUGGCCCAAGGCAAGGACGAGUUUGACAAGUUGGUCGCCAUGACCAAGUAA